AUGACUGAAAAUUGGGUAAGGCAGUGUAUAAGUGUUUAAAAAUAACUGAAGAAGCUGGAAUUCAGUAGUGUAGAGCUAUGCUACAAUAAAAUAGCCCUUGAGCAAUCUAAUAAUAAUAAUAAUAAUAAUAAUAAUAAUAAUAAUAAUAUAAUUUAUUUAUUAUAACCCACCCAUCUGGCUGGGUUUCCCCAGCCACUCUGGGCAGCUCCCAACAGAAUAUUAAAAACACAAUAAAACAUCAAACAUUAAAAACUGCCCCCUGUCCCCCCAAAACAGUACUUCGGUCUUGUCAGGAUUCAGCCUCAGUCUGUUAGUCACCAUCCAUCCUCCAACUGCCUUCAGGCACUCACACAGGACAUUCACUGCCUUCACUGGUUCUGAUUUCAAAGAGAGGUAGAGCUGAGUGUCAUCUGCAUACUGAUGAACACCCAGCCCAAACCCCCUGAUGAUCUCUCCCAGUGGCUGCAUAUAGAUAUUAAAAAGCAUGGGGGAGAGGACGGAACCCUGAGGCACCCCACAAGUGAGAGCCCAGGGGUCUGAACACUCAUCCCUCAACACCACUUUCUGGACACGGCCCAGGAGAAAGGAGCGGAACCACCAUAUAACAGUGCCUCCAGCUCCCAGCCCCUUUAGACAGUCCAGAAGGAUGUUAUGGUCAAUGGUAUCAAAGGCCACUGAGAGAUCCAGCAGAACUAGGAAACAGCUCUCACCUUUGUCCCUAGCCCGCCGGAGAUCAUCAACCAGCGCGACCAAGGCAGUUUCAGUCAUGUGUGCAAAGAAAUAUUCAGCUCUCCACAUGCCUAGUGCCAAGAGGUGGCCUCAUCUCCAUGUGGUUAGAGGGGGAAAUCUGAGGUGGGACCAUGUAGGAAGCAGUUGGCUGUUUUCUACCCUUGGGGUGUGGGAAGGAAUGCAUCUCCAUGUUCACGCAGGCCUGCCUGUGCUCCACUGCCUUUGGACGGGGGCAGCAAAAACCAGCUUUUGAUCCUAUUUCUCUUUCUUUCUCUUUGUUCCCAGGGUGAGUUGCUUAGUCCGUGUCGGUGCGACGGGUCAGUGAAAUGUACACAUCAGCCUUGUCUGAUCAAAUGGAUCAGUGAGAGGGGAUGCUGGAGCUGCGAGCUGUGUUAUUACAAGUAUCACGUCAUUGCCAUAAGCACAAAGAACCCCCUGCAGGUAAAGGUACUAGAGAUUAUUUCAAAGUCCUUUCUUCCAUUGUUUUGCCUUUUUUUAAUGCUUUCCUCUCAUCCAGUGUGCGUGUGUGUGUGUGUGUGUGUGUGUGUGUGUGUGUGUGGCGUUAUUCAUUGUAUCAUACCUUGCACAGUGAAUGACAGAAUUGCUCUUUCCCAUUUUAUUUAUUAUUUUGAAAGCUCUGCAAAGAUGUUUAUGAACGUUUAAUAAUAUAAUCAGAUUUUUAAACACACGCACACACAAAACUACUACUACUACAACAACAACAACAACAACAACAACUCAUCUUUUUAUUUGUUCAGCCUUGGUCAUCAAACCAAAAAAGUCUCCUAUUAUGUCCAGAAGAUUCUCAGAAUCAAGCUAAGACGAGGCUUCAGUAACAUCCGCACAGCCCACAGGCGGAAUUAUAAUGUCAGCUGCCUUUUCUCCAGCUCCAGGAUCUAUCUUCCUUUUUCGUUUUCAGCUGGCACAGUUUGCACAGCCUUUUCUUAAAUACUGCCAGCGGCUCGCUUGAGAGAUGGCACUGGAUGUAUGUUUCACUUACUGUCACAAUGCAUUAUGGGUUUCCUGGGCUUGCCAUUCUUGUGCUAUUCUUAUUUUGAUGUAUAGCAACAUUCGCUGGUGGCGUCCAGCCGUCUGCUGGGUCAGAAGCUCUUUCGCCAGCACAAGGGCACCUGUUGAAUUCCACUCAAUGUUCCUAAGAGGCCAUCAUCCCUCUAAGUCCCAAAACAUGUCGGUUCGAUAUUAGAGCCCUUUAGCACUGUGGAGGCAUCGCUCUUACACAAUUAGCUGAAACAGGAAUUAAAAUGGAAACUGCACACAGGCAUUUAAAAGAGUCCUUUUGUAAAGAAACCAGCCCUGGACCCAUUGCACUGGAAAAAUUACUGACCAGUCACAGGUACCACCGUCUUGGGGAAGCUUGGGGCAACUGCAAGCAUUCUUGGAUGAUGCAGGUUAUUUAGAUCCAUUCCAAUCUGGGUUCAGGCUUGGUUACCUCACUGCAAGAAGUGAGGGGAACCAGGCAGAGGGCCUUCUUGGUAGUGGCACCCGCCCUGUGGAACGCCCUCCCAUCAGAUGUCAAGGAAAUAAACAACUUUUAGAAGACAUCUGAAGGCAACCCUGUAUAGGUGUCAGGGACUGGACUGGGAAGGAAUGGUGGAGACCACACACACCCUACAAUUCCCAGAGAAGUGUGAGACAGUAUGAGUGCACACUAUGCACAAUUCAGGGACACGUGGAAACAAAAUGACUGGAUUGUGGGCAAAGCAGCUUUUCUUCCCUGGGUGUAAGACUUCAAGCACUCUGAUUUAAAAUUAGUAUGUGCUUUAAGGGGGGGGGAAGUAUCUCGCUCUUAUCAUUAAAAAACCAGAUCAGGUUGCUCUUGAUUUGAAUACAGCAUAGCUUCAGAAAUAAAGACCAGAUAGAAAUUAACCACAAUGGCAGUCAGUACCCAACAAUGUCAAAUGAGCUGGCAGGGAAGAAAAUGAAGAUGAAAUGGUUCCCUUUUAUGAGUUCAUUUCUUUACUGUGUUCUCAAAACAAUAUCAGUGCAGCCUACCGGUGCUACCGAAUAUUUGUUUUAUGCUAGGCUCUGACAUUAAAAAACAAAUAGAAUAUGCUAUGUAUUCUGGUCACAUCCACUUAGGGUAAAACAAGUGUGUGUGUGUGUGUGUGUGUGUGUGUGUGUGUGUGUGUGUUAGUAUACUGCACCCACGUAGAUAUUCCAAUACCGUUCAUGAAUCUGAGAGGCACAGUUUCGUUCAUGUCUCAACAAAGUGAUGUGCCGCAGUUGGAGUGUUGGACUAAGGUGUAGGAGACAUGGGUUCAAAUGCCCAUGAAGCUCAGCAGGUGACCUUGGGCCAGUCACUUCCUCUCAGUUUAACCUCCUUCAUGGGGUUGUUGUGAGGAGAAAAUGGGGGAGAGGAAGAACCGCGUAUGCCACCUUGAGGUCCUUGGCGGAAAGGUGGGCUAUAAAUAUUAUAAUAAUAUUCCAAGUAUUUGAACAAAUUACUAAAAUCUUACCUGCAUCCUACAUGGCUGGAGUUUUUUCAGGCUUGGUAUGUGUUUGAUUUCACACCAAUCAGCUGGCAGGUAGCUCACUGAAAACCAUCAUUCAAGUGGCAGAGGAGCUGUGUGUCUCUUGCACUGCCCUAUUCAAUUUAUAACAAAUAGUCCUAUUCAGGCAUUCAAAAGAAUGUGUGAGGGCUUAAACUGGUGAGGGAGAAGAGGCCUGUGUGCACCACUGCUGACUCUCUUCUGUUGACUACUCAGAAGGUCUGAAGGGGACUUCUAAAUGCUUUGGGCUGAAUGUCUUUACUGUUGGGAUACUGCCAGGGAGAUAAAGUCCAUCAUGGCCCCCAAGCCGGCUGCCGGACGAUCCAUCGACCUCCCGUAGUCACGCAGUAUCAAUAAUUAGCGACAUGAGUUUCUAGAAGAUUUCUUGCCACAUUCCAGAGCUCAUGCACGCUCUAUCGGCAGAUAAUGCACAGCAAAAGUUGCACCCAGGAGAGCAUUAUUUACAAGUUUAUUCAGCGUUGAUCAGAACACAGAAAAACAUGACCGACUGCUUUAGUGUCUGCGACACCAGAGAGAAAACGAAAGCAACAGAAAACAUAAACAUCCUGUGAACAGGAAAUACGCAGACUCUGACUCACAAAGCCUGCUCCCUUUUAAGGUGGAACGGAAAUAUCCUAACAUCCUCCCCUUUCCGUGUAACCUGUAGUACCUGUGGUUCAACCCAAUUGCAACCUUUGUACGUAAACCUUAAGUUGUUCUCUGUUAACAACCUUAGACAACAGAUCAGCAGGAAUUUCAUUUCCUGCCAUGUAGGACACCUGAAUGAGUCCUUUCUGAAUACACUCUCUUGCACGAUGUAGCUUAAUCUGCAAGUACUUGGUCCUUUGCUUGCAACUCUCUGAGUUCAGCAAAGCCAAACACGAUCUAUUGUCUUGAUACACUUGUACAGGACAUUUCACAGAAACUCUGAUGUCCUUAAACAGUUGCAUCAACCAUUCACAAUCCAUGAGUGAAAAUGACAGAGCAUUGAGUUCUGCUUCACAGGAACUUAGGCUCACUGUCGUCUGCUUCUUGCACAGCCAGUCAAACAGACAGUGGUUGUACAUGUAGCAUACUCCAGAAGUGCUUGUACCGUCCGUGGUGUCACUUCCAAAACUUGCAUCUGCAAAGAUUUCAAGACCUCCAGUCUUCUGACUCGUGAACCUCAGCCUGUAGUGCAAAGUCCCUUUCAAAUAGCGGGCUAUGCGCUUCAGAGCUUUCCAAUCCUGAACAGUAGGAUUGUUGGCAUGUCUGCUAAGCAGGUUAGUGCUUACAGCUAUGUCAGGUCUUGAGCAUCUAGCAAUGAAAUUCAACUUGCCUAGAAUGCAUCUGUACAGCGUUGUGUCAGAAAACGCUUCAGCAGUACUAUCUACCUGGUAACCUGUCACCAUCGGUGUGUCUGCUGGGUUUGCAUCAACCAAAUUCAACCUGGUUAAUACAUCAGCAAUUUUCUGUGUUUGGUGUACCAGAAAAUUACCUGCUUGGUCCCUCUCCACCUGCAGAGAAAGAUAGUUGGAUACCUCACCAAGAUCCUUCAUGUCAAAGUGCUCCUUCAGCUGAGCUAGGGUGCUUUGGUACAAAGCCUGAUUCUUCCAAAACAUCAGAAGAUCAUCAACAAAACAUAAACAAUACAGUUUGUUUUGCCCCUCCUCCUUGACAAACACACAUGGAUCAGCUUUGCCCUGGUGAAAACCUAGAGAAAGCAAUGUCUCAGUGAGCUUUGUGUUCCAACACCUGGCACUCUGCUUGAGACCAUAUAAGGAUUUCCGCAGUUUACAGACCAUUCCCUUCUGUAUCUGCAUCCCAUCAGGUGGAAGCAUAAACAGCUCCUCCCCCAGAUCCCCAUACAAAAAAGCUGUAUUAAUGUCAUGAUGGGAAACAUGCAGUUUCUCCUCUGCAGCUAUCUUGAGCAUCAGCCGAAUGCUCUCAUAUUUGACGGUGGGUGAGUAGGUCUCGUGGUAAUCCUGUCCUGGUACCUGUGAAAAACCUCUGGCAACCAAUCUGGCUUUGUGUCUGACAACCUUGCCAUUCUGGUCUGUCUUGGCCUUGAAGACCCAUUUGCUGCCAACCAGUCUCAUCCCUGGGACUACCGGUACCAGUUCCCAAGUUUGGUUCCUGUUCAAGGAAUCAACUUCAGCCUUCAUGGCAUUAAGCCAAGGCUCAGCAUCUUUAGAGGUUAACUCCUGAACCUCUUUGAAGCUUGAAGGUUCCCACACCUUCUCUGAGCUACUAAGAACAGCAGUUGCUGUCUUAGCAAACUCAUCAGCAAAUCUCUUUGGAGGUCUGCCCUUUGUGGCUCUUUCAGAUCUGCGUACUAGACGCAAGUCUUCUGGACUCAUCUCCUCUUUCUUAGGAGAAAAGUGACCAAUGGUGAACAGUGGUUCUUCCAGUUCAUUGUCAGACGCAUCAGAUGGUCUGACUGAGGCCUUUGCGCUCUUGUAGUCUGCUGUGUCAUCACUGUCACUGACACCAGCAGCAGCGCCGCUCACUGAACUGGAAUCCGAACUCUGAUCAUCAUCGUCAUCAUCAUCCUCAGCAGCUUCCUCAGCUUUAGCUGCUUCUUUGACAUCACCUUCAUCCUCCUCUGGGUAACUCUGGAAAAUUCCCACAUUUUCCCCCCACUUAGGAUUGUACUCAACACUCCUUGUGAACUUAAUGGACUUAGAGUUGGUCAUCCACACCCUGUAUGCACCUUUUCGUACCCCAUGAACAAACCAUGUGCCCCACGCUUCCCAAGCUUGUUGCUCUGUGGGUGUGUACCCACAUGUCAGAACCAAAGAUUCUCAUGUGCUUGAUGUUGGGUUUCUUACCAAACAUCUUCUCAUAGGGGGUACAACCAAUAGGUGAUGACAAUCUGCGAUUAAAAGUGUAAACAUACGAGUUCAAAGACUCCCCCCAAAACUUCUCAGGGAGAUUGGCAUCAUGCAGCAAUGUUUUCAGUCCUUGCAGCAACGUUUGCUUUGCUUGCUCACAAAUCUCCCAUGGAGAUCCAGGACUUGAGAGGUUAUGCUGGAUUCCCUUCUCAGUCAGGAAAGCUUCAAACUGCUGAGAAGUGAACUCCCGCCUCGAUCAGUAAACAGACAGCCAAUGCGUUUACCGUGAACAUUCUCCAACCAAGCACAGAAUGCCUUGAACUUAGGAAACGCUUGCGAUUUCUGCUCGAGCAUAAACACAUGAAUGUACCUGGAAAAAGAAUCAAUUAGAACCAUGAAGUACCUUGCUCCACCCAAAGAGGGCGCAAGUGGACCAACCAGGUCUGCGUGCACUAGCUGGUAGGGUUUGGAAGCCUGCCUGCUAGACUCCUUGCCUUUUGGAGCAACCUUCACCUUGUUCUCUGCACAAGAUACACAUUUCAUGUGAAACUUACAGGGUUUGAUGUUCAAACCCUCAACCAUCUCUGGCAUCUUGGCCAGUGCCUUCCAAGAGAGAUGGCAAAACCUUCGAUGUGCAUCGUGAAUGCAUCCUGCAUGAAGAACUUUGUUAGUUUGUGCAACACAACAAGAAUCAGCAUUAGACACAAUAGCACCAUUGUCGUCAUAAGUUAUACAGAACAAGCCAUCCAUAAACUUUGCAUGCAAAAUGUCCUCUUUGCCUUUUCUGAUGACACAGACACUCCUCUUGAAGGAAAUCUCAAAACCACGCCCAGUCAACUGCGGGACACUGAGCAAAUUGUCUGCAGCACCUGGAACAUACAGCACAUCUUUGAUGGUAGUGUGCAGACUUGCCAGUUUCACAGUCCCUUCUCCUGCAAUUCGCAACGUCUUUCCGUCAGCCAGGUGGAUCUCACCUUCCUGAGGCGUGAAGGAGAUAAAUAGAUGGCGGUCCUUUGAGACAUGGCGGGUACAGCCUGAAUCAACAACAAACCUGGCCUUGGCUUUUGGAGCAGCCUUUGCAGCAAGCAAAACCUUGUUUUCCACCAGCGUGGGCUUUUGCAGCUUGCCCCCCUGCUCCUGGCCAUCAGACUUGCCUUUAGCCUUUGGUGAGGCUGUGCCAGCAAACAAAACCUUGUUUUCCACUGGCGUGGGCUCUUCACCCUCCCUCUGCUUCUGGCCAUCUGCAGGCGUCUGCCUCUGUUUACCUUUGCCUUUCCGGCCUCUGCAAAGGCGAUGACCUUGGCUCCCACGAGAAACAGAGCUCUCAGCUGCCGACUCCUUGGCUCCCCUGGAGGCUGGAAUGCUGCCUGGGAUGACGUGACAGUCAGCUCCCCCUGCAGCUUGCAACCGGUGCCCUCAGCAUCCCUGCAUUCACUCGCAUUCUGGGAAACAGCCAGGACCUCCGAUGCAGUCAAACUCUGGGCUGGCAGAUGGGCUAUCUUCAAAGCAUGCCACAUCUUUCGUGCAGUCAGAUUGCCAGCUAGCGUUUUUAUUUCCUCCAGAGAGACGGACAAGACGAUUAUGUCUAUCGCCCUCAAAUUUUCGGACUCCCAUCUUUCUGUCAGAGGAACUGGAGGGGCCUCACACACAGUAUGCCACACUCCAAACUGACGCAGCAAGCUCUACACCACACAGCCCAGGUCCCAUAAUUGUGCCGAUUCAACUUUGGGCACGCAGCAGCCUCAGAAGCCUGGAAAAACUCCAUUCCAGGUUUCUACUUGAGCCGUGAAUCUUUAUGCCUUCAAAGACGUCGUAUCUCGGCAGCUCAUAAAUCUUGAGGCCUUUGGCGCGGCUCCCAGAUCCAUUAAUCUGCCAGCCGGACAUCAAAGCUCUUGCCGCGGCAAACAGAAAAGCCUUACCUUCGCUUUUCCUCCACAUACCUUUCAGCAGUCUGUCGCAGUCUUACUCUCCUGUAAGUGCUGUGAAUCUGGGCCCAUAACCUGUUGUUGGGAUACUGCCUGGGUUAUACAGUCCAUCAUGGCCCCCAAGCCGGCUGCCGGACGAUCCAUCGACCUCCCGUAGUCACGCAGUAUCAAUAAUUAGCGACAUGAGUUUCUAGAAGAUUUCUUGCCACAUUCCAGAGCUCAUGCACGCUCUAUCAGCAGAUAAUGCACAGCAAAAGUUGCACCCAGGAGAGCAUUAUUUACAAGUUUAUUCAGCGUUGAUCAGAACACAGAAAAACAUGACCGACUGCUUUAGUGUCUGCGACACCAGAGAGAAAACGAAAGCAACAGAAAACAUAAACAUCCUAUGAACAGGAAAUACGCAGACUCUGACUCACAAAGCCUGCUCCCUUUUAAGGUGGAACGGAAAUAUCCUAACAUUUACAAGCCUCCUCCUCCUCACCUUAUCAGGGAGUGUCACAUGUCAGAAGGAGUGCAUUUGGCCCCAAACACAAGCUCCCUUCAGACCUUCUGGGAAAGUCAAGGGUGGUGGUGGUGCUGGAGUGGGUGUGCCCAUAGCACAUGGGGACACUGAGGGCUGGCCUGGCCUGCGUGCCUGAAAUAUACUCGGAGUCAAGAGUGGAUUUCAUGCUCUUAAUUCAGUUCAUAGUGGUCAGGAGGAAUGGAAGUUCCCCCAGAAUGUCUGCUUUAUAUACAUUAUUUACACAAUGGGCCCCACGUGAUUGGCUAAUUCCGGGAUUCUCCUGUAGGCCAAUCAGGUUGCGGAUUCACUUCCACCAGGAGCUGGAUUGGGUGGCUCCUGUGGACCAAUCAGACUGCUGCAUUCUGAAUCCUAUUGUUCUAGGACCAAUCAGACUGCUGCAUUUUGGGUCCUAUUCAACUCAGUACAUAACAGUGCCCCCUGCUUCCUCCACUCCCCAGUUUAAGCCACACUGUUUCUUUUGAGCAGGGGUAGUAACCAUGUGAUGCAGAGAACCUGCGGUUUGACCGGGAAAAUUAGAACACCCCCCCCCCCCAAUUACACAAUCAAAUGUAGUCGGAAACACCGGGCAGAAGAGCACAAUUAAUUAUUGCUUUAUGCCACCCUCCCUCCCAAGAAUUCAAGGCAGUGUAUGUUGGGACAGUCUUCCAUUGCAUCCUCACAGCAUCCUUGUGAGGUAGGUUUAGGCUGAGAAAGUGGAGACUGGCCCAAUAUCACCUAGUAGGAUUUGUGGCUGAGCAGCGGAUUUGAGGAUGCCUUCCCAGUUUAAGUCCAGCUCUCUGAGCCGCUCUGUGCUACGUUAUGCUCUCCUGAAAGGGAUGCAUCUUUGAGAGCAUGUUAUACCAAGGAAAGGAGCUGCUUCUCAUUGUUUCCUGGGAACGUGUCAUGGCACUGAUUUUGAUCUAUAACUCCAUUACUGGCUUGAGCCGAAUAUACCUCAGAGGGUACCCCACAGCUAAGUCCCAACACAAUCUCUGAGAUCAAAGAAGAGCGGCCUCUUUUUCUUUUCUAUUAAUAGUUUUUAUUGUGCUUUUUAAUCAGCUUUACAACAACAUAUGCAGGUGCCACGCCGCAAGUCCAAUUUUGUAGAACGAUCCAAAUCCCCCUUCACUUUCUGCCCCCUGACCCCUCCAGUUCCCUUUGUGGCUCAGUAUCCGGAGUGCUCCAGAACCAGUCAGCAUAAUAAACAGUUCUAACUAUUAGCUUUAAAGAAAAAGGGAGGAAGGGAAGGAUAAAGAAUAGCAGAAACAGAGAAAGGAAGAAAGCAGUAAAAUAAAGGGUUUCUUAUUGAUUUCCCAUAUCCCACUAUGGGAAAUGGUCUCACUUGGCUAUAAUCAUGUGAGGCAGGAGACCCUCCUUGAUGUUAUGCAGCCAUGCAUGGGGAAGGGGGUAUGUCUGGCACAGGGCAAGUUGCCAAAAGCAUGUAGGCAUGAGUGGCCUGUGUCACACUGCAGAAUAAGGUCCUGUGUUUUGAAGGGCUGCCAGAGGACAGUUCUCUGUUUCUUAGUCCUUUGUUUGAGGGCUGCCUGGUCCAACCCUGCAUCCACUGCAACAGUGCUGGACAGUUCAAAAGAGCCCUUGUAGAUUCCUUGUUGGGUUUUGCUUUUUUAAAAUCUGCAUUUACAAAUCUGCAAAUGCUAUCUAGGAAUGUAGCGUUCCUGAGAUCCAGUGUGAGGAAACAGCAGCCAGCAUACACCAUACAUAGCUUGAGCCAGUUAUCAGUGCAGACUGCACAGCCUGUAAAACAGAGAAUACACAGAAUGACCUUGCUGCUUUUUAAUUAACCCAGCCACAAUCCAGCCACCAAUCAAGCAUCCUCCCCAAAUAAAACCACUUGUGCAGGUCCAAAAGUGAUUUCCAGGAACCCUGACAUAUCCUCGGAACACUUCAUUCCCAGGCAAUCUUGUACAUUCAUGUAACUGGCCAGAAAAUCAUGCUUGGAAGGUUCCUUGCGUCAGUGAAGUGGCCACUUAGCUUGAAUUUACGCCCAUUAAAUGUGCCUUUUCUACUCUGUAUAGCUGGGGGUGGGGGUUUCAUGGGAAAAGGUAACAUUUUUCUCUGAUGGCCCUAAUCAGAGCAUAACCUUAAUAAACAAGCUAGCAGUCCAUCUGUGUGAUACAAUGGACAUUUCACCAAAGGACAGAAGGUCAUGCUAGGCCCAAAAUAUCACACAAAUAGUCUUAUAGAGGAGCUAUAUAGAAGAUGCCCCUUGGUUAAAGGAAUACUGAAAGCAGGCUCCUUUAAUCUAAUUUCUAAUGCAUUUGUGGGGCAAAAAAUUCUCUAGAUGAAUCCCCGAAUGCUAAGCAUGGGAUCUCAGAGGCUGCUUCAUUAGGUGGACUUCUUUUUUACAGGAGCUGCUUUGCAUUACUCCGUAUCACAAAACUGGAACUUGAAUAUAUAGAAGGAUUAAGGCAGUGAACCUGUUGCCCUCCAGAUGCUGCUGGAUUGCAGCUCCCAUCAGCCCCAGCCAGCAUGGCCCAUGAUCAGGCAUGAUGGGAGUUGUAGUCUAGCAACACCUGGAAGUUCAAAGGUUCCUCAUCACUGAAAUAAGAUCUACCCCCUACCAAUUCCUACCUUCACACAUUUUUGCCUGUAGGUGGUGUGCUUUGUAUUGGCGCUGCCCUCUUUGCUUUCAUUUUUCUUUUGGCAUAUGAGUUUUGUUGAUUCUCCCUUCUGCGCUUUUCCUGGAUGGCUGCUGCGUCAGCUCGCUCGCUUCUCUUCAUGGCACUGCUUGCCAGGCUGCUCUGAUGAGGCAAUGAUACAGUUAGCCUAUUUUAGCCUUGCGAGUGUGUCAGCAAUCUAGCCUUGGGUUUGCAAAGGCCCUCUGCGAUCUCAGGAUGUCAGAUGCAGGCAUAUCACAGUGCAUCUGAGGGCAAUUAGCUGAACUGUUCUGAUGUCAUUAUCUCAGCUGCUCUGAUGUCACAGAAGGCUUUGCAAACAUGACUCCUCAGGGGCCAUGGAGAAAGCUUUUUAUUCUGAGCGCCAAAAUUUAGGAGCAACAUUAGGUUAAGUUAUACAGCACUGGCAUGUAUUUGCUGCAAGGGCUUUCAAACCAUUCCUUGACAAAGCCAGAAACAUACAUGACACUUUCUGCUUAUAAGGGAUGUGCUUGACUAGCAGUUCAAGGGGUCUGCAUCAUUCUUGUUGCAUUCAUUGAUAAGACAGUGCUUCCAAAGGGGGGGGGGGAGGCAGUUCAGCAUAAUCCUACAGUUCUAUUCAGAAGUGCCACUGAGUUCAAUGGGGCUUUCUCUCAGGUACAUGGUACAUAUAAAAUCACAGCCUUUCACAAACAGUUGCAUUCCUUUCCACACCCAAAGAGCUGUUGUUGUGAUCAUAGAGCAAGCAGAUAAUGGUGCUCAGAGCAGGACAAAGGACAGCAGCCAUGAAGUGUGUAGAGAAUGUAAGAUGCUGUACUAUAAAACUGAUAAGAACAAACAUGGAUGUUUUUGCUGUUAAACAAAACCUUUUAUUGAAAUUUCACACCAUCUAGAAGAGAAGCACGGGGCAAAAUGCACACAUCCUCAGAUACUUCAAAAUUUAUCUAGCCAGAAGAUGAGAUGUUUAAAAAUAAUUUGUAAAGCCUAUUUUCACAGAUGGAUGUCAUAACAGAGUGAGUAAAUGGAAGGUUACUUGAACCAAUCUCACACACUAUUUUGCCAGCCAAACAUGUAAUGUUGGCUGGUAAGUUCCUGGUUUUAGUAUAUUUCACAAUGUUGUCCUCUGUAAAUAAUAAUCACACGGGCUCUGCACCUAUUAAACAGCUAUGGAAGAGCGAGAGUAGCACAUUACAAAGUACUAUAAAAAGUCAUAGCCACAAGAGGCCUGGCCUCUUCAAGGAUUUUGUAGGCAUUUCCCUUUAUAUUUUAUUUUUAAAAGUACAGUUCUGGGAUUAUUAUUUUUUAUCCCUUGUAUAAUGUCAAUUUUUGUGUGACGUGAGUAAAAAUGUACAAGGCAAAAAUGAAAUAAUCUCUCUCUCUCUUUUGGAAACCUGGUCAUUUCUUAUCCCAUCAAAUGAUUUUACACACACACACACACACACACACACACAUCUUUUUGACACUGCCAUGAGUUUUUUGGGCUUUCCAAAUAGGCGGGUGGCAACACGAAGAGUUGGACACGACUAAACAACUAAACAACUAAACAACUAAACAACAACAACAACAACACAGUUGUGGACCCCACCUCCACCCAUUCUCCCUGGGCUCUGAAAUGCAGAAGAGUAGUCAGACCAAUGAAAUUUGGCAAGUGGAUUUCAUAUUUGCUCCCAGUGGUGGAAGUUCCAGACUGGGGACUGACUGCUGUUUUUCUUCAAAAGAAAAGUGAUCAGUUUAAGCUUAAAAUCAUGGAUAUAGUGAUGCACAGUUUGAUCCUUAGGGAGUGAACUUAGGGCUGCAUCCCCAUCCCCUGGGUACCAUUAAAAAGCCCCUGCUUGGUCAUGCACAGAGAGCCUCACACCCUUUAGGCCACUCAGGAUUGCUCCUUUCAAAUUAUGAUGUGCCCAUGCCAUCGUUACUCAUCUGUGCGCCAUGGGCAAAUGAAUUUUACUACCACCAUGGCAUGUUCCCAUGCUAGUUUCUGCAAAACUAGCCAUGACCAAUAUUGUGAGAAAAUCAAGAAAAAAGAAUACUUAAGGUGUACUUAAUCAAUGCACCUACCCAACCCACUCGUAACAAAGCAGCCCAUAAAUGUUUUGAAUGGCAGUGGGCUAUGGUCAAACAGUACAAUAGCAGAACGGAGAGCAGAACAAAGGCAUGUGGCAAGAUGUGAUCCCAUCUUUCUGAUCUCCUGUUGCAGGCCGGCACAGGACUGCCCUUUUCUUCUGAAGUCUGCUGUCUAAAGAGCUGCUAGCCUCUGUUGCAAAAGUCCAUGCGAAAUGCUGUGGGGUGUUCAUUGGUAACCACUGGUACCACUAACUAAGGAAUUAAUUCUCUACAUCUUCUGCUUACGCUUCUCUUUUCUUUGUUGACUUCCCCUCCCUCUUCCCCCCAUCCCCGCUGCUGUCUUGCAGUGGCAAGCCAUUUCUCUGACCGUCAUUGAAAAGGUUCAGAUAGCGGCCGCCAUCUUGGGUUCCCUCUUCCUUAUCGCCAGUAUCUCGUGGCUCAUCUGGUCCACCUUCAGUCCUUCUGCGAAAUGGCAACGGCAAGACCUGCUCUUCCAGAUCUGCUAUGGAAUGUAUGGCUUCAUGGACAUUGUCUGUAUAGGUGGGUGACUGGAUCUCAGUAUGAAAUGUAGUAACCAUAGGCAGUGUUUUUUUCUGGGGGGCUGGACACAGGGGUACGCAAACCCCUAAACAUUUUGUGAAUCUUGUACUUUUGUCCAUUUACUGUAUUUAUUUUUCCAGAUUUGAACUAUAAAAUUGUAAUUUUCUUGAGUCAAAUUGAGAAUACCCUAAACAUUUAUUUUAGAAAAAAAAGCACUGACCAUAGGAAUUCAUUUGUAAGAAGGAAUUGAGAGGUAGCUUCUUUGCUUUUUUGGGUGUGUGUGUGUCCAGAAUGAAGUUUUGGUGCAACUCUUUUUGGACUCAACAGUAUUGGUCCUGGUGGGCUUUUCAGAAGCAUCCAAAGUUAUCCUGUUUCAUAUGUAGCAUCGUAGCUGAAGUAGACUCAGUCACUAGUCGGAUCCAGUAGGACAGCUCCUGUCCUUUGACCAUUGUGGGUCAUCUAAGAAAUUCCCCCAGACAAAGACAUAUUUACGGUAAAUCUCUGCAGUCAGUGGUGUCCAAACUUUUUUCAAAGAGGGCCAGAUUUGAUGAAGUGAAGGUCCGUGAGGGCUGCCCAAAGGCUUUUUUUAGGAUUUAAGUUGUUGAGGUUUUCUUAGGAUUUUACCCCAGGAAAUAAACUGCCAUGGGGGGGGCGGAUUAAACCAACCGGUGGGCCAGAUUACACCCCCGAAAUGGACUUUGGACAUGCUUGGUUUAGGCCCAACGUGGAUAUCCCCAGUGCCUUGCUAAAGAUAACUGUUGAUAACUAUUUUGAAUCUGAUUCUUUGGAAUUUAUCAUAACUGUUGAUGUGAUAAAUUCCAAAGAAUUAGAUUCAAAAUAGUUAAAAUGCAAAUCCGUUGUAUUUGCUAACUGUUAUGCAUUAAAAAUAUGAGACAGAAACUUACUUUGUAGGUUUGCACAUUUUGUUUUCUCAGAUUAUACUGUAAAAUCUGAUGUUUUAGAUAGUGGAGUCUUGUUCAGAAUUCAAACCUGCAGACCUAAGAUUCAUUUCAGUGACAAUUUUAAUGCUUUGAGAAUCUGCAUGUGCCAGCCCUGGUACUUGUUACCUAAUUGAGGUGCUUGUCUAUUCUGAUCCCAAAAUAAUAAAUUCCAGUAUCCUCACACAAAAGACAGAAAAAUGGGGAACUGAUGAGCAUAAUCAGUUGGCCUUCUCCUUUUGUGGGAGGCUUGCAACAGUGCCAGCCCACUACAAAGAAGAGAGGAAAACGAAGCCAUUUCUAGGCAAAAAGAAACAGCCAGAGAAAGGAAUGAAAUGUUUGAAAUAAAUAAAACUUGGAGAAGGGAGGUUGAUGAGGACAAGAAGCAGGUAUUCCUCCUGAUUUUGAAGGGUGUGCCACAAAGUGCUUGGGGGGUAAGACAGGACAUGAAGGAUACGAGAGAAACUUAACUGGGAACCACUGCAUGGCUGGCGGUGAUUUCUGAGUCUUUCCCAAGAACAUUGGAGGAGAAGCUUUCUUUAAUUGACAGUGUGCCAUAAAUGUUCAAUAAUCCAUGGUAUGUGUGGGCAUAAGGGGCAGUGAACUAGUAAAAAUGAACAGGGUUUAAGUCAACAGUGGGUUUAUUUGCAAGCCUUGGCAUAGCUCACAUGCUCUGUUGUGUAACUCUGACAUUCUUACCACUCCCAUUUCUGUGGUUCUCAUGACCCACCACAAUUGACCAACCACCACUCACCAAACAUUGCCUUGUAUGGAGGGCAACAGAUUUUUCCACUAGUCAGCUACAAGCUGGUAUCUACUCCAAUCCAACCAUAUUGUCCACUUUUCUGUUUGGGAUUUGGAGAUCACCUGCUCAGAGAGCAACCAUAUUUAAUGAACAAUAUCAGCUUCCCUGCCACCACACACCCUUUCCCUGCCACACCAUCCCUUUUUACCCAGCUAUGCAGGGGACAGGAAGAAGAAAUUGUCUAAGUUCUCUUGCUUGGCUGCUGAUGGGAACAGAGAACAGGUGGGUGGCUUGCAGUUGCCAGUAAGUAACAUGAUUAACAUGGCUUUGGUAAAGCAGAAAUUGUUGGCAGCAGCUGGAGCGCUCAUCUGUCAGUGGAAGAUAAGUAUUCUAUUUCCGUCCAUGAAAUGGAUGCAAAACCAAGCAAAAUAUGCCAGUCCUUAAUGAGGGGAGUGAAGAAAAUGUUAUGUUUAGAUGGAAAUCAGAGUGUGAUUUCUCAGUUUCCCUUUCAUGUGAUUGUUGCAUUGUAAAUCUGAUUGUUAGCUGGAUGAUAAAUAGAUAAAGUGGUAUUCAACUACGUUCUGCUCAGAGCAGAUCCAUUGAAAUCAGUGUGCCUAACUGAGUCAUGUUCAUUCAUUUCAAUGUGUCUGCUCUGAGUAAAACUUACUUGAAUACCACCUGAAGUCUUCCCCCAAACCCCGGUAUAUAGGUGCAGUGAUAGGACAGACUUAAUCUACUAAAUUUCUGCUUAUCGUGAAACGAAAGAGCACUGUCAGAGGAAAAAAUGUGCCGGGGGAAUGCAUGAAACAGCAGAAAGUGUAUUUUUGCAUCUCUUCAAACAGCAACUUUUGCAAUGAAAAUAGAACCUCACAACAAUUCGGCACCCUACCAGUUUGCACACAAAAAAUGGGGGUGGAUAGUCAUGCUGCAGGGAUAUUGCGUUGCUUCAAGACAACAGGCUGUGUUGAUGUUAACAGCUCCUCCUUCUUUGGCAUGGCUUAUAACUGCUAGCAAACUGGCAGCCUAGAAACCUCGGGUAAGAACCUUUUAAAAUGCAUAUUGCCAGAUGAGUUCCCAUGUACCAAUUCUGCAACGCAGGAGCUCGCCCCUCCUGCAAAGCACUUAAAAGGAGAUGGUAUCAAAAGGAAGCACAGCCAGCCCUUAUGAGAAAGAGGCAUUGGGAGUUUGCUCAUUAGUGACAAAUUAACCAGAAAGCAGGUAUGUGGGGAAAUGGAUCGAGGCUCCCUGCAAUUCAUGGACGCUGCAGGCAUUUUCUAGCAGGUACCUGUGACAGUCGCAUAACCGUAUUCCAUACAGCCAUCACAAAAGAGCUGAGUGUGUGUUGGGUCAGGGAUGGGGAGUGGUCGGACACUGUCCUAUUUUCCCAGCAGCAGAAUAAUGCAGCUUGAGGGCUGGGGAAAUGUGAUACCCCUUUGACAGAAGAGCAGUAUGUGGAUUUCUCACCAGCCAUGGACAUCAGCUGCACAUUUAUUGUUAAGAAAGGAAGACCCUUGCUGUUCUUAUUUAUUUAAUCUAAAGCAACAUUACUCACUUUGUAGGGCCAGAAGAAGAGGCUGUUUUUGGAUGAACAGACUUGAAAGAAAACUACAUAGGGAAAUGACAGUUAGCACAAGACCACCCCAUAACAUCUGGAUGCAAUACAGUGGUACCUCGGGUUAAGUACUUAAUUCGUUCCGGAGGUCUGUACUUAACCUGAAACUGCUCUUAACUUGAUGCACCACUUUAGCUAAUGCGGCCUCCUGCUGCUGCCGCGCCGCCGGAGCACAAUUUCUGUUCUCAUCCUGAAGCAAAGUUCUUAACCUGAAGCACUAUUUCUGGGUUAACAGAGUCUGUAACCUGAAGCGUAUGUAACCUGAAGCGUAUGUAACCCGAGGUACCACUGUAGCGGGCUUUCGAGUUAUGAAUUACCAUACUUAUUGUGACUUGAUGCCCCUUCCCCUCUCUCUCUCUGCAUAUUGGAGCCUAGGAAACCUAAGCCCUCUAGCACUUUAGGAGCAUAGGAAGCUAUCUGGUAGCAGGUCAGACUGAUGGUUUGUCCAUCCCAGAGCUGAGUUUCCAGGGACUCAGACAGAGAACUCUUUCCCAUCCCCUGCUACCAGAUACUUCUGGCUAGAGAUGGAACAGGGACCAUACUGGAUGCAAAGGUGCUCUAUGAUUGAGCUGGAAAAGGGGAAGAGACCCCAAAAAAGUAAGAGGUAAUUACGUUUGGAGAACCAUUUUCUGUGCAAGGCAUGCCAUUUGUGUAUGCAAUACAUAUAGCCAGUCAAAAAAAAAAACCCCACAAAAACCAACCUUCCAAACUCACACCACUGAGCUGAGCGAUGAUGACAGUUUGGAAGUUCACUGCACAUUCCUGCAAGCACCUGGCCAUUAAUUAAAUGGCAAUUCAGAUGCAGUUGUGCGUCUGGCUGCCUGUAUCAGUGGAGGCUGCAAUUAAGGAAGCUUGAUCUUUGCAGAUUCAAGUGGCGUUCAGGGUCAGCAGGGCUGGAAACCAUCCCUCAUUGAACAUCGGGAAGUGUCAUCAGCUAAUGAGAGAGGGAGGCCAGUGAGCAGCACGACUGGCCCGAAAGGGGCGCUGUGCAUCACAAGACUUGAUUUAACAGAUGGCCCACACGGUGCUGUCACUCCAUCCACCCACAGACCACCAGAGCUGCAUACACAACAAGUGCGUCCCAUGAUUUGGUUUAUUUCUUUUUGUUUUCCUGGCUGUGUCAGUUUACCUCAUGCACAGUGGAUGACUGAAAUAGCAAAAGCAAUUAUGCAAAUUGAGACUGAGGGCUUGGAGGUGAUGGAGGGGGUGGGCUCUUGGGGAAUUUGUCCCUUUACAGUGGGCAGUUUGCGUUACUGAAGUUGACACUGGCUGCAGGGUAAGUGCAGUAAACACUGCCAGUUCAGAAAGAUAUUUUUCCAAAACAUUGGGGGUGGGAAAUAGUUUUAAAGCUGGAAUAAAUAAAUAUGGAGCAAAUAGGCUUUUUUUUUUAUAUACUCCAUUACAUGCCCUGAUCAAUUUCAAUGUUUGACAGGGGAUAUACUGUACAUAAGUUGAAUAAAGGAAGAUUAACGUGGCUAUCGGAUGGAGCAAUUAGACUCCAUGUUGCUGCAUGGUCAACUGCAGCACAUUUUGUAUAUGUGGUAAUGUGAGCUGCUUGCCAGCCUUUACGUUUCUAUAUUUUUCAUGCAUAAAUAUAUACACUAAUGCAUGCACACAGCUUCUUCAUCAGAUCCAGAGAGCCUUUAGCUCUUUGAAGAAUCACUAUUUUGCAUCUGAACAGCUGGGGGGAUGAAAUUAUAAGCAGAGUCAUUCAUCUGCCACUCCCUCCACCAGCUGGCAAUUUUUGUAGACAUCACUGUUGCCUUGGAGAAGGGUUGAAGCUCAGUGUCAGAUCACGUGUUUUGCAGUGAAAGGCCCCACGUUCAAUCCUUGGUCUCUCUAGGUAGGACUGUCUGAAACCUUGGAAAACUUCUGGCACCCACUGUAGAUAUAUGAGCCAAUGGUUUGACUCGGUAUAGGGCAGCACUAUUAAGUAUAGUAAUUUAAUUCACUGAAAUUGUAAAUGCUUGUAUGCAUUACUAUGUAUUUAAUUUUGGCUGGUUGGUAACUGAAUUCUAGAGAGUCAUUAUGUGGUUGGGUAAUGUUGGUCAUAUGGGAGGCAUCUAAUGAAGGAGAGACACCAUUUUAUGUGAAGCAAGAUGACUGUGUUUUAGAAUCCACUGUGAACACUGCUAAGUUGAAUGGAGUGUUGGAGUCCUUCUCUGCUUGAAAGAAAGAGAGCAAAGCUGCAGGAGAAGGUAAAAAUGGGAAACUCUCCUAGGAGCUACAAGGCAUGGCCUAACUGAGAUACAGAAGGCUGAGUGCUGAGCUCUGGAAAGAGAUGAAAAUACUGUUGUUUGGAAGUUGGAAGAGACUGUAAGCCCAUGCUUGGAUGAGCAUGUGACUGUAAAUAUUAUGUUUUAAUUCAUCUAUAACUAUUAGUUUCUGCAAGUGCAUUGGUUUAAUUUCCAAAGAAGGGUGUCAAGUCAUAUAUAUGAUCUGAGCUUUUUAGCUGUGUUUUUGCUGCCUUUACUUCAAAAAGGACUCAGGCACUCCAUUGCAAACCAGGAACUGCAGGCCUCCAGACUUUUCUGUAAGUCCGUCUGCUGACAGUCAAAGGAAGGCAGAGUUAGGCAGUCCAUUCAGCAACCCCUCUGCACAAUUGCAGGUAAUAGAACAACAGAUCAAUAGCCAAUUAAAACGGAUAUGUGGUGCUUGAUCUUUUGUGGCUUGAUGGGAAAGGAAAUUAAUGGGGGAGCUGCCUGUCGACGCUCACAAUUCAGGAUCUCCUGUCAGGACUAAUGGCGACUUACUUUUAAUGGUGCUGCCUGUUUCGACUGGGCAUUGUUUAAAAUGUGCCAGGCUGGAAGAACCUUUGGCACUUCCUUCUGCUAUCCUUUAUACGUCAAACGCAGGUAGGCAGAGAAAGAAGAGAAUGAUGCAUACAGCAAAGAUAAGAGCAACACCGAGGAAAAACCACACAAAAGCUGCAUUUCUUUCUUGGACAAGACUGAAUGGUGUUUAUAACAACAAAACUUGUCCCAGUAGCUCUAUAGCCCUCUCCAUCCUAAAGCAGAAAAUUGGCAGAGGCUUGUGUGGCAGUCUUGCCUUUGGCACCCCCAUGCUGUCACCUGCUAUACUCCUGAAAGGGCUUCAAGGAUCUGAAAGAGCUUCUAAGCACAUUUCGCUGAACAUUUGUAGAUGCAUCCUCACAAUCAAGAACCUUAUGCUGUCAGGUUCCUGAUCACAAGGAGGCAACAAGACUUGUCCAGAUGAAUGCACUUAGACGCAGCAUUCAGACCUCCCUGCUCAGUCUGGGACAGUCAAUGGUCAAGUGGGUGUCCCUGGCCCACACAGGGAUGUGUAGGGGGAUCCAGUCAUUCCACCCUACAUCGCCGAAAUUGGGCCUUUGCAAUUGGAUUUCAUUUGCCGUGCUUGCGCUUUGCCUGACAUUUUCCUCUCUCAUGGAGAGGGUGUCCGUUUGCAUCAUGCCCAAAGGUCACUAGUAAUGGCCUGGUCUGAGGUCAGCUAGCAUCAUCCUGAGGCAAAGACCUGCCAAUCAUGACAUACCUCUUGGAGGCACUGCUCUCCCUUUCGUCCAAGUGAGCCACUUCUACCACAAAGCCAUGAUUGGGUCAUCCAUCGGCAAUCCACCACAUUAUAUCUAGUGUUGCACCAAACAUUUCCCACUUGCUGGCAUUAUGAUGCACCGAGUGGGUGUCCAAGAAUCAUAGAAUCGUAGAAUCAGAAGGGACCCCAAGGGCCAUCCAGUCCAACCCCCUGCAAUGCAGGAAUCUCAGCUAAAGUAUCCAUGACAGAUGGCCAUCCAAUCUCUGCUUUAAAGCAUCCAAGGAAGGAGAGUCCACCACCUACUGAGGGAGACCAUUCCACUAUUGAACAGCUCUUACUUUCAGAAAGGUUUUUUGUUUUUUUUAAUGUUUAGUCAGAAUCUCUUUUCUUGUAACUUGAAGCCAUUGGUUCAAGUCUCAUGGUGGAGUCCUUGGAGGCCUCUAUCUCUCUCUCUCUCUCUCUGACUUUAUAAUUUCAUAAAUAUUAAUACAACAAUAAGAGCUGCCAUUGCUUUCAAAUGCAUCUUGAAUGUGCUUGAGACUCACACCAAGGUUCAAAAGUCUGCUCUUCAAUAUAUUCAAUAUGUAAUUCAAAAAGGUAGUAUGUUUUAUUAAAAAUCAUCUCUUGUGCUUAUUUAUUAUGUUUUUCUGCUGCACCUGUGCAGUUGAGUGAAUUGAUGAAACACUGCCAGAAGAGAAAAGAAAAGAAAAGCAAUCUUGUUGUGAUUGUAUGUACAACUGUAUAAAUUUUAGUUUCGGGGGUAAGAAGGAUUAUUUCAGCAAUGUGCAGGAGCAGACGUGCACAUCAGUAAAACAUCUCUUGAUGGAAUGAUACAUACAGUCACAUCUGCAAUGUCACCUGCACAUUUGUGCAGUGAUGUGCCUUGGUAACGUAAAUCUUUAGGUUUGUGAAAGCAAAUAAGUACAUAAAUAAAUAACAGUAAAUAAACAAACAAAUAGUAAAAUGAAUUAUAAGUCUCUAGCACAACAAAUCCACUUAAAAAAAAAGAACUGGACCUUUCGCGGUUUGGAAGGGCAUGGGGAAAUGCAUUGAAAAGUGUGGGUUUGAUCAGUGACUAAUGGAAAGAUGUGUAAGAAAAGCCCCACAAGCCAAUCAGAAUAAAUGCAAGGCAAGUGUUCAUUGUUGUAUAACCACCCCAUAAACAAAUCAGAACAAAUGCUCAAUAAAGGCCAGAUAUUGUCAGAUUUGUGCUAGCAAAUCUGAGUGAAUGCUCAAUAAGUUGGUCAUCUGGAGAAGCUGUUAAUUAACCAUAUCAAACUGGUUCCAAUAAUAUAAGAGCUCUGUUGGAUGAGGCCAAAGGUCCAUCUAGUCCAGAAUCGUGUUGCCUGCAGUGGGCAAGCAAUAUCCCUGGGCAGCCCACAAGCAAGACAUGAAAGCACUGGCCUCCUACCCACUCCCACCUCCAUUGGUCCUCAAAAAAUGACAUACUCAGUGACGUACUGCCUGAAGGUUGCAUAUAAUCAUCUUGACUAGUAGCCAUUGAUGGAGUCGUUCUCCUUUGAUGUAGUCAUUGAUGUAGUCAUUCUCCAUUGAUGUAGCCAUUGAUGGAGUCAGCCAUUGAUGGAGUCAUUCUCCAUGAAUGUGCCUGUUGUUGUUGUUUAGUCGUUUACUCGUAUCCGUCUCUUUGUGACCCCAUGAACCAGAGCACGCCAGGCACUCCUGUCUUCCACUGAAUGUGCCUAAUUGCUGCUUAAAGCCAGUUAUGACAAUGAAUUCCACAGUUUCCCUUCUUCUCGUCUGUCCUGAAUCUGUUCCCCACUAGUUUCAUCCUAGCCAUUAUUUUAGCCUGCUGAACCACAUAAAGACGUCAUACCAAGAACCAGACAGGCUAAGGGCAUAUUGUGAUUGUGUUAGAAUUAAGUUAAAGGCAGCUUUCAUUUUCAUUUGUUCCAGUACAGCAGAACACAACACUAUAGACAUUUUAAUGAUGGCAAUCCAACACAAUGCUAAGCACACUUUAGCCCUUUGAUUUCAAUCGGCUUUAAGCACAAUUAACUUUGUUAGACUGUGACUUUCAGAUUUUCAUCACAAUUUGUUGAGUUCUUUCCAUUGAAACAUGUGUAUUUCAAUGUUUAUUGCCAAUGUGUAUUUCAAAGGUUAACCUACAAACUCCACCUAGUGAUAUUUUUCUCUUGACACUUCAUACUCAGGCCCAGACACUUAAUUUUUAUUUUUUGAAAACCCAAACACAAUGUGUUUAAACCACAGCUUUUCCUGCCAAGAUACAUUGAAGUGGCCUGAUGGCAAAUUCUGCAUAUUUUGUUGAGAAAUGUAAAUAUGCACAGUUUGGAACUGACAUGUAUGCAGGCUUCUGGAAUGGAAGGGUUUAAUUACUGGCAUCUUUGGUUGAAAAGUUCUCUACUUCCAUACUUGAAAAGCUAUUGGGCUUAAUGGAUCACUGAUUUGAUUCAGUAGAAGACAUGUUCACAUGUACAGUGGUACCUCUGGUUACGAACUUAAUUUGUUCUGGACGUCCGUUCUUAACCUGAAACUGUUCUUAACCUGAGGUACCACUUUAGCUAAUGGGGCCUCCCGCUGCCGUUGUGCCGCCAUGCACGAUUUCUGUUCUCAUCCUGAGGUAAACUUCUUAACCCGAGGUACUACUUCUGGGUUAGUGGAGUCUGUAACCCAAAGUUUGUAACCCAAAGUUUGUCUGUAACCCAAAGUUUGUAACCCGAGGUGUUUGUAAUCCGAGGUACCACUGUACUCAGUUAUCCACACCUUACAAUAACAUGAGAGAUCCACAUCCCUGUUCAUUUUGCUUAUUUACAUAUUUAUUUACUUUCCUCUCAUAGAAUAUCAGGGUAGUGAAGAGAAAUCCAAAAACUAUUAAAAACAGUACAAAACAAGAAUUAAAAUGACUGGCUACUCAAGAAAAAAUUAAACAAUCACACAGAAAACGUUACACAUCUGCAUAACUCCAACUGACUCAGAUUUAUUUUGAUGAAAUCCUACAGCUUUUUGCAAAUUACUCUCCGAGUCCCUCCUUGCUCUCUCCUCAGCUUUCUACAGUUGCAGAUGCAUUUGCAUUAUUUCCAUCUGCCCACCCAGUCCUCUGCUUGGUUCCUUUUUAAUUUUACAGCUUCCUGAGCUCAAUGCUGGGAAAUCAAUAAGUAAUUUGGAUCCCAGCAACUGCCAAGGAAAACAAACUUAUUUUUGCACUUAUAGUAAAUAUUUUGAAGCACAAUUUAUCUAGGAAAACAGGUGUACGGUUGAUGCACUGGCCCAUCCAUCAACAUCAUUUUAUUAAUUGCAUGGGAUCAUAAACAUUUAUAAUUUACAAAGCAAAACAAACAGACUUUUUUAAAAAAAUCCUCUUGAAUCAGCCUUCUCAUUAAUAUUUGUGAUAAGCUUUGAGGCUGAAAUGAAUUGAAUUUUCCACAUCUGACUCAUGAUCCGGUGAGGCAGACUCUUGAGGUCAUAUACUUGAACUUAAAUAAUUGAGGUCAGGAUUCCUCACCAAACUUUUAACAGAAAUGCGAGGGUGCUGGCGUUCAUUCUGCAAUAAACAUUUGACCUUCAGCAUCAAUAUUUGACUCCCGCGAUUGAUUGUUGAACUUUGGAAACAAAGGGGUCUGCCAAAUUGCAGAUGUACUUGAGUCCACUUGUGCAAAAUGGAAGGUUGGCAGAUCAUAUGCAAAAUGGAAGGUUGGCAGAUCAUAUGCAUGUGCCCCUCUGAAUCGCAGUAUAAGUUGUGUUUGGCAGCUAGCAUACUGUUUUUGCACUUGUCUCUUAAUAUUAGGUGUGGGAAAAGUUUGCGCUAAAGGCUUAAACCUGGGAUGGGGCAACCUGUGACCUUUCAGAUGUCACUGGAGUACAACUCCCAUCAUCCCUGACAAAUGCUCAUGUUAGCCAGGGUGAGGCAGAGCUGCAGCAAUAGCAGCAGCAGUUCUGGCAGCAGAGUCCAUGCCACUUAGUGGGAGGGGUGAAGCAGCAGUGUGGAGGUCAGUAGAAUCAAUGCAAUGCUCCUACUGAUGCAUCCAUGGAGCCCAGACCUCGUUUUUGUCUCAUCUCUCCUGGUAAACAGCUGCUGGAUUGUUCCAAAGGCCAUCUAGUCCAGCAUCUCCUCACACAAUAGCCCACCAGAUGUCUGAGGCAGGGGAACUGAGCCUCAACAUUACAUGUAGUUCUGCUCUCUUUAUAGACAGACUCAGCAAAUAUAAUUCCAUAAAGAAGAAACUCCUGUGUGCUUUGGGCGCUCAUUUCAUCCUCACUAUUUCAGGCCAUUCACAGGUCACAGCUAUUUGUAAGAAGGCCUGUGCUCAAGAAGGCUGGUCUAGGUGGAGAUUGGUCUGAUCCAGACCAUACACUGUUGCUGGUCUUUUAAAUCUGUUUAUCAUUUUAGAAUGAUGAUGGGACUUGGAGCAGACCAUUCUCCCAAAUAUUAACACUUUGUGUUAAGCGGCAAUGAGAGCAAGAGGUGCCCCCUAGAGCUAUAUCAAAAAAUGUUCAUGGGGCAUGUAUACCCUCCAACACUUUGAAGCCCAAAUCCAGGAUGCCAUCUUCCUGGACACCAUCUUCCUGUUUUUUAUUGUGAGAGUAUGGCAGCCAUUUUGGUUGCCAUGAUCUCACGUGGUUUUGCACCUCACCCCCUUAAAAAAACCAAACACACUUUUGGGGGGCAAGGCACUCUAAAACACAUGUUUGGGAGCACCACACAAGAUUGCAUCCCUGAAAAAGUGUGGGGGAAAUCGCAUGGCAAAAUCGCGUGAGAUUAUGGCAACCAAAAUGGCCGCCAUUCUCUCACAAUAAAAAACGGGAUGUCCCAUUUUUUUCUAGGAUACUUGUGGGGUAUGUACGUGGAGUUGGCCGUAGGUGACUCUCAGAGGUUUGUGUGCAAUGAUGAUGAGUCAGUGAAAAAUUAAUAGAUUCUCUUUUUUUUCUCCUAUCCACACACUCUUUUUUAUUCUACAGGUCUAAUAAUCCAUGAAGGACCCUCAGUUUACAGGAUUUUUAAACGGUGGCAAGCAGUCAACCAACAGUGGAAAGUUCUGAACUAUGACAAAACAAAGGACCUGGAGGAUCAAAAAACAGGGACCAGGACCAACCAACGAACCUCUUCUCAGACUAACCAUUCAUCCUCCACUGGUGGUGCCACUAGCAACUCUGCUCCAGCCGAGAGUGUGGCUCGGGGAGCUGGCCACACCACGGGCACCUUGUCUGACCACCACUGUGCUUAUACCAUCUUGCAUAUACUCAGCCACCUGAGGCCUCACGAACAGAGAAGCUACUCUAGCACAAACAGAGAGCUCGUCAUGAGAGUCACGACGGUCUGAGCUAAAGGAAUUCAGGAGGCCUUAAUGCAACGCGGAGUGGCAGAGGAACUCACAAGCGGAGGGGGCGCGGCGUGCCUUUCCCCCCACCCUCCACCCCCUUGUCCUCUGCAGCUGCACCAGGAGCACAAUAGGCCCUUGGCCAGCCAAGAUGGUGGCGGAGGCAGACACACAGCUGAGAGGCGGCUGAAGAGGUUCUGCAGUCGCUGGAAAGUACAACAAAGCAAGUGCAAUACAGAACUACAAAAACUGGAUUAGGGCAGAGGCCGGUGGGCUGAGGUGGGGUGGGGAGCAGAGAGGGACAGCUGCUCUUACUGCAAGGGAAUGAAUGGGUAAGAUUUUAAACACCCACACAGACACUGAAUAGGAAGGAAGCAAGGAAGCCAGAGUAUUUUAAACUGUAUUAACCAUGGGGUUCAAGUAUUUGAAUGCAUAAAUUAUUCUGUGGCCCUAUGCUAUUUUGUGUGGCCCCAGGGUGUUCAAGAUGAAACAGCAGUCAGUUUAUUGCUAUUGUUAUUUUAUAUGAGUAAAGACACUCUGCCCAGGUUUUUUUAAAAAACAACAACAAACAAACAUGCAACAGGUACAAAUUCCUGAUUUAGCUCCCUCCUCAAACACUACAAUUUUUCAAUGUUUUUGAGGGGAGGGCCAAAUCCAUUUGAGCCACAAACAUUUGUAGGAAUCAAUGUCCAAAGCACAAGGUGGAUGAUUUAUGCCAGCCUGCUUUUUUUAGACUACAGCUCCCACCAGCCCCAAUCAGUGCAUCUGUGCUAGCUAGGGCUGAUGGGAAUUGUAGUCCAAAACAUCUGGAGGGCACUAGGUAGGGGAAGAUUUAUGACAUUUACCACUGAAAGAAUUAUUUGUGUGUUUUAUUUGCAGAUUUUUCAAAAUGGGAUUGUCCCCUACUGAAUACCCUACUUGGCUUUUCCACCUCAUUCUCCAGCACCUCUGUAUCAGUGAUUUCUCAUAAACCCCUGUGAUUUUCCUGCUUUUAAAUUUACUUCCUGUAAUCUAGCUGCUCCUGGAAACAAUCUCAUCCACUUAGUUCAGGCAUCCCCAACCUGCCGCCCUCAAUAUGUUUUGGCCUACAACUCCCAUGAUCCCUAGCUAACAGGACCAGUGGUCAGGGAUGAUGGGAAUUGUAGUCCAAAACAUCUGGAGGGCCGAAGGUUGAGGAUACCUGUCUUAGGUAUUAAGCCACAAAACUUUGCACUCAAAAAAGAAAUGGAAGUCCCAAGUCUAAUCCACACUGUGGAUUUAGGCUCCAAUCCUAUGCACAUCUUUCCGGAAAUAAGUCCCAUUGAACACAGGGGGACUAACUUCUCAGAAACAUGUAUGGGAGGAGCGCACUGUAAAACUGGUUGAAUGGGUCCCUCUCUGCAAGGAACACUGGGAAUUCUAGCAGUAUGAGUUACACUAGAAAUUGCUAAGAGAGACCUCAUCACCCUGACCAAACAAUUAACAGGAUUCUUUGGGAGAAGCCGCCAUAAUCACACUGGUAUAUUUGCCGGGUACCCGCUGAAUAAAUUUGAGAAUACCGGUACACUCCCUUCUCCACAGGUACUUCCACAAGUAACACUAAAUGCUGAAGUAUCCCGGGUGAAGCUGCCUUAUCUUACAGUGGAUUAUCAUUAUUGUCGCUGUUAUUUUUCGAUCCACACAAAUUGGCAUAUUCACCAGAUUUGUGUACACUGAAGCAAAUCUUUGAAUGCUUGACAUCUACCUAGAUUAUGAGUCACCACAGCCUGAACACAUCAGUAAAGCAGGGGUUGAAUCAGGACGUGAUGAAUCACAAUCUGGAUACAUGCAGAAGACCAGUUCAGCACCUGAAUUCACCUGAAUAAUCAGCAUGAUUUCAGCUUGGGUUUUUUAAAUAUAUAUAUAUGUCCCAAGAUUGUGCCCCUGCAGGAACCAAGGAAGCAUAGGAGCCAACUCCCAGCAGCCGAGGUCCCUGUGCCCCCCAAAAAACUAUUUGAGGGAAUGACACACUUAAAGGAGCUUGGCACAAAGUAUUCCUUCAUUGUUUCCUGUCUCAUGGCCACUUUAGAUGGUACUUGCUGCCACAAAAGUCCUGAUUGUCCAUGUUGGACAUCAUGGACCCUUAAUACAAUGCACCUUAGGCCAUUCUCAUCCCCCAUUGUGGUGUCCCAUAUGAAGCCAACCCUGGCGUAUCCCUUGGGGUCUGGCCUGCACAGGUUCCAUGUAUAGAGUAAGGAGCAAUGGAAUAGUCUCAGUUCCACUUCUGUUUCACAAGGACCAGUACAGUACCAUCCAAACACAGACAUCAGCCUGCAAACCUGGCUCACAUCCUGGGAACCGUCAUUUGUUGAGGAUGCUGGAAACUUUAGCUCUGUGAGGGGUCUCCAAAUAACUCUCAGCACCCUGUUCUGGGGUUCUUUGGUAGAGGGGACCAUGAUUGUUAAAGUUGUAUGAGAGUGCUUGAAAUGUGUGGGUGUGAUCCUCGUCAUUCUCACCAGGUCAGUUGUAGGAACUCAGCAGUACAUGGGAUCAGUGUUUUCUGGAUGUACCAUCCGUUUUUCAGGAAACUUAUCUUUCUAAGCACAAUUGGUGACUCAUCUGAUACGUAUGAGGGAUGCUGCCCAGAGAGGACACCUUAAAGCUACUUUAGUUGGGAAUAUUUGCUUCCAAAGUGGAAAAUCGAAACGUAUUCAUUCACCUUUUGACUUUUCCUUUCCCACCAGUCCUCACCCUCUUCAUUAUACUACCACUCCUCCUGAGGUCCCCACUUCUGCCAGGAGAGAAAAAAGCCACUCACCCAUUGCUGAUUUGCAUAUGUUUAAUUGACUAACUCAUUAAGCAUAUGGAGGUUGAGCACUGCCUAGAAAGCCUAUAAGUUGUUAAGACCUUAAUAUUCCAGGUGAAUAACAGUUACAGGUAGGGCAACAGUGAGCAUCAGUGGCAGCAGGCUCUGUGUAUUUAUCAGCCACAAAAGCUACGGCCAGGGUUUUAUUUUAUUUUUUGACUAAUAUUUCUUACCCACCUUUCGCCUCAAGGUCCCAGGGUUGGUUACAUGAACUAAAACAAAAUCACCAUGAUAAUACAUAAGCAUAAACACAUAAAACAAUAACAAUAAAAGCACAAAAUGCUUAAUGAUACAGGAAGGACAACUAAAAAAACACCUAUACCACACUUCCAAAGAUCAAGGUAAACAGGUGCUACUCUGAGUUCCAUCCCUUUACCACUGGGAAAGGGAACCUGUUGCCUUCCAGGUGCUGUUGGCCUUUGGCUCCCAUCAUCCCUUGCCACAAGUUCCACAUCCCUGACUUGAGUCAAUAGAGAUGUGACAUAGGCUAAAUGAAGAAUGUUUUGGAGUUGAAUGUGCAGCAGAGAGCCAUAAACAAUUUUAUAAAUUUAUAAAUGUUAUAUGCAUUUUUCACUGCCAACUCUGCAUCCUUGCAUGAUGCUUCUACUGAUUCAUUAUCUCUUUCAGUCACUUUAAACCCUCUGGACAUUAACUUGGGCAAAAUGUAGGGAAAUUAAAAUGACACCCCCCCCCCAAAAAAAAACCUCUUACACCAUCAGGAUGCCAAAAGGAGAGAAAAAACCCAAUUCAGAUCUGUGACCUACUGCUGAUGAUAAUAAUAAUUUUAAAAAUGUAUUCUUGACCACAAAAAAAUCAGGAAAUUUUGCUGAGAAGUUUUAGCCCAAUAUCAACAGAACUACUACCUACCUAAAUCCACUGAAAACAUUGAUUCAGUAAUGGGUAUCACACAACAGCUUGUUGGGGGAGAUAUGAGCUUCUCCACCUCAGAACAAUUUAGGACAGUUUGUACAUCUCAGAAGGAAGUGAAAUUUUGCUUCUUCCCUAAUAAAUGAAAUAUGGACAACUAUACAGAGUAUGUGUGACUAGUGCUAAUUAAUUUAUUGACAAUAUUGGAAAGGCUUUAUUCAUUGGAAUUUCCUCCCAUACAGUUUUGCUCCAUUUUAGUCCCAUCCAGAAAGCACAACAUCAGCCAAGAUGCCCAUGUUUAAUUUACUUGAACCACUGGGGCAAAAAAACCCCACCCCUAAAUAUGAGAGCGAUAGAUUAUUGUAUCUUAACAGUAACUCAGAACAGCUGCUAUCAUUUAGAAACCAAGGCAGAAUCCUGAUUUUGAAAUGAAAAAGGGGGCAGGUGAGUGAAGAUGGAGUCCAGACCCUUCUCUCCCUGCCCCAUGGCAGCCUCUCUCCUCUCAGCUGGGCUCAGUUCUGACACGGGAACCUAACUAAGGGGAAAGUACCUGGAACAGAGGCUGUAGGGAGUUAUGCUGUGAGGGUGCCCCUUAUCCACACUUUCUGCUUUCUGUUGAAAACCAGACUCUCUACCCCACCAGCUUCUAUCAUGAUUGCAACAGAUCUGACUUUAAAGGUACAAAUCAGCCUCCAAUCACAUCUCAUUUGAGCCUUGAGUUUGACACAGGAGAGAACAAUGCAGACUGGGCUGUCAACAGUUGUCUUUGUCUCACAACUGGAGAGGCUCAGUUUCCUUUUUGACUGAGGGAAGUGUGCAGCCAGUUACAUAGUUUGAACACGACUGCCCUAAGGGAAUAGGAAGCAACCCAUAUUUGGGGUUUCUUGUGUUCUGAUGGGUAUUCCCUUUGAAUAGGGAAAGUGCAAAGGGGGGGAAGGCAAGGGUUUUAUUAUGCAGUGCAUAGUUCCAAUCAUUGGCGUCAUGUAGAAUCAGCCUUGAAUUGUCCUGACAUCUUGGAAAUGGCAUAGUCUACAAAAAGCUAAUUGGCAUAAUUGGAACUGCUCGUCAUUGACCUGGUAUGUGGCAUGACUGCAGACCAACGAAAACAUUUUACAGGGAGUGUGGAAGGUACUGUCGAUGAGCCCCACAGUUUGUCACCGAAGACAGAUUCAACAUCUGUCAGGGAUGCACAGGACUGGUGGCUUCUGCCUGUCUCAAUCCCACACUGCUCUUAACAUUAAAUGUGGUUGCAUGCAUCUCCCCUUCUGUGUUUCUUUGCUUGGUUUUAAGGAAAAACAGUCCCAGGUAGUGACCAUUCUGUGUGGAGCUGUAGCAGAAGCCUGUGUAGCUCUUUCCCUUUAAAAUGUUGCCCUCCUGCUUCACACACACAACCCCCUGAUAGGGUUAAGAAGGACUCCUUGGAAUAAGAAGUUGUGUUGGGUAGGGUUCAGAAUCAGACAUGAAGCACAUGGAUGCUGGAAUAAGCACUAAGGCCACUGGGUGGCUAUCCUGUCACCAUCAUUUAAAGCUGCCCACCACAUUACACACAUUUUUAUAUGAAUCAGAUUCCAGAUUCCAUCCUACAAGCAGUCGGGUUGUUGUUUUUUAGCUGGAAGAUAAUCAUCCUCAUGGCUGUAAGCACCCAUUAGAUGUAAUAUGAAGCUGGGUACCCUUCACAUUGUAUGGGGUGGGGGGCAACAUAUCCCUGAAGCUCGCAGACUGAAGAAGCCAUAAGAACAUCUUGUGAUGGGAAGAAGCAGCAGGAGUUAAUUGCAGAUUCAGAGGUUUUUCCCCCUUGGCUUCAUUUCAAUAGGGAUUUUCUUUGUAGCCUUGAGCAUGUUUCCUACUCUUGGGAGCAGGGAGGGGGUGAUGAUACUCUAACUACCUCAUGGGGCACUGUGAGAAUCAGUGGUGAAGCACAUCCGUUCCUGACAAUGAAUGGCACUCUGUGCUCCCCUUCACAAAAAGAAAGAAUCUGGUUUCCUCAGCAAGUUUUGGUGCAGCAUGAGCAGGAGGAAUGGAGAGCCUCUUGAAUUGAAUCCUGUCAGAAGUUCUUCCCAGGGUGCAACUAGGCAUGCUACCUAGUGGAUACCACAGUGUCUUUCUGGGCUACAAGCUUUGUUAUAAUAUGUAUGUGUGCAUGUUUUCCAUAAGGCAUAAAGCGUCUGUCUCCAGUUACCACGCGUCUCCCCGUUUCUAUGCCACCUAACAGGACUCCUCUUGUACAAGCCUCUAAUCCUUUUUCCUUGACAAGUUGAUGUGGGUAGGGGUGGAAUCUUGUUUCAGAGCGUCUGAAGAAACUGUUGAGGCUUUAAGGGUGGCCAGAGAGAGAGAGAACCAAACACUUUCCUUAAAAUGAGUUAAGACCUUUAAAAAUCGGUACCUCAGUUGUGUUCUCCAAAGUGUUGUAGUGCUGCUCUCUCAAAGUCUUUCCCCAUAUAUUGACCUUUCUGGUCUGGUACAGUGGCUGUCCCCAGGUACUGCGUGUCAGGAUCCUACGUGCCGUUUACAGAUUUGUUCCUCCACAAAGUCGCUUUUGCAGCCAUGGGUUCCAAAGCUGCAGACUAA